AUUGAAUAUUUUUUUUAAAUCGAAUCGAAUCGAAUCUUCAUCAAUCUGCUUUCACCUUUCACAGGAGGUUCACGGGGCUUAAUCAAUGAAAGAGUGACCGAUUAAUUAAAAGUUCGUAAUAUAAAGAUGUGGUUCACCCUAUCGUUUAAAUGGGGCUGUUUUGGGCUGCUUCUUUUCCAUAAGUAUCCUGCUAGUGGUACCUGUAUCCACGUCAGAGUUUCAGCGAAGUUAAAUCCGGCCGGCGGUACGGCGAAUAGAAUGAAUGAUCAAUCAUCGCGCAAAAGUCAAAAGAAACUGCAAGACCUACGAGCUACUAGUAGUAGCUAGACUACCUACCGCUACGCUGCUGCCGGUCACCAACAGCCAGUACUAGCUAAUAGUAGUGCGCAUGCGGCAGUGUGGAUCCUGCGUACAUGUACCGGUAGUACGGUACCACCGACUGGUCCCACUAUGCUACCGCAGUACUAGCUAGUAGAUCUAGCUAGUACAGUCGUAGUCUACCUUUCUCCAAGCAAGAGGACCAAGAACCUGACAAUCAAACCAAAGCAUCCCGUCCCUCCUCCCAAUAGGCUCCCAUAAAGCAACAUCAUCAUUAUCAUCUCCAAACCAACACACAAAAUCAAUCACCAUGAGCUCCUCUCUCGCAGACAUGUCACGAGGCAAUCCAUUUGUCCAUCCUCGAGAUGAGAUUGUCCGAGUAAUGACUCGCAUGUACAACCGUCGCCUCACCACUGUUUCGGGAGGUAAUGUGAGUAUCAAAGACAGUGAUGGGACCAUUUGGAUCACCCCCGGGUCCACCGAUAAGGGUGACAUGAAACGAGAACAAGUGGUCUUUCGACGUGCCCGAUCCACCAUGUGGGAAGGCGAUUUGUCUCCCUCUCGUGAGUGGCCCUUUCACACUAAAGUCCUCCAAGCCAGACCAGAUUGCAACGCCGUCUUGCACGCCCAUUCGCAAACCCUCGUGGCAUUUUCCGUGGCCAAUCAGGUACCCGAUACGCUUGUGAGCUACCAGGCCUAUCAUUUGUGUGGAACGGCGGCUCUUUCCCCCUACAAAAUGCCGGGAGCACCCGAGUUGGCAGAUGUCAUUUGCGACAAAAUCAUUGACCAUGAUUGUGUCAUUAUGGAGAAUCACGGAGUGGUGGUCUGUGGCGCCAGUCUUUCGGAAUGCUACCAAAAGUUUGAAGCCUUGGAAUUUUGUGCUCGUGCCAUUGUCAAGGCCACCAUGUUGGGGGGCAAUCGCCGCUUGCUCAACAAACUUGACGUUCAGAGCGAGAAUGCAUUGCGUGAGGCCGAGCUGAAGCAGUGGAAGCCAUCCUUCAACAACCGCCCUCCCAUCACCACCAAGGAAUCGGAGCUACGUACAGAGCUGGUCAAGUACACCAAGCGCGCCUACGAUCAAGGGCUCAUCAUUACCUGCAUCGGGGCCUUCUCGGCACGUGUAGGUCCCACGCAGUUUCUGAUUACUCCACAACGCAUGGAUCGCUCGACACUGGACCUGGAGGACAUUAUGCUCGUGGACACCAAGACAACACCCGCCAAAGUCUAUGGCAAACCUGGAUUACAGCCCAGUAAAGAGUGGAAGCUCCAUGGAGCCAUCUACAAGAGUCUCCCAGAACUGCAAGCCAUAUCCUUGGCCAUGCCGUUCCAUUUUGGGGCCUAUUGCAUGACCGAUUUGGACUUUCCUACCAAUGUGCACCCGGAAACCUAUCUCGUAUGUCGCGAUGUAGGACGCAUCAGCUUUCAAGAGUCGCAAAACUACGACAACGUAGUGCGAUACUUUCAGGAAGACGGCCACCACGCGCUGAUCAUCGACAACAAGGGGGUCGUUGUGACGGGGCAGAGCGUGCAUCGCGUCUACGACAUGUUGGAAAUUUGCGAGAGCACAACCAACGUGAUCUUGGAUGCCCAAAGUCUCUCGGGUUUCAACCUCAUGACCAAUGAGCAAAUCGAGGAACUGGACCGUCACUACUUUGGAAUUGGUGACGACGGAAGCAGUGAGGACGAAGAAGAAAAGAAGGAUGUGGUACAAAAGCCAAAACUUCUGAAGAGGGCCAGCCUAGCCCGGAAGUCCAGCCACGGUAUCCGCAUUGAUGGACACUCCCUAGCUCUCUCAGACGAUGAAGAUUUUGAACUCUUUGAGAAGAAGAGUGGCCAUUUCUUGAGGGCCAGUCUCGUUCGCAAGAGCCAAAGCUUGUUUCAAUACGGCAACCCAUCUUUUCACUGAACCGCAUAGCCACCGGCAGGAUAGCUCUUACUAUUACCGCUACUAUUAAUUAAUUAAUAGAAAAAGAAUACAUGAAA